CAAGCAAAUCGGCAAGAUGAAGAACGACAAAGAGACGUUUUUCUUCGGCGAUAAAGAAUACUGGCUGGACGCUUACUACGACGACAAGAGCGAGACCUGGAUCAGAAGGACCACUCGGGAACCCAUUAUUUGGGAACAGAUCUUCCCGCAACUUGACCUGAUCCCGGGCAUGACGAUCAACCUCGAAGUCGUCCGGGAGAUUGACACGAAGCAGCGCUGUCUGACGGUCAAGUUCAACGACAAACACCCAGAGCUCUUGGAGGUUGCGAAGGCCAAGUGUAGCGACAAGAAGCAGAUUGCAUGCAAGCUAGGAUUUUAUACAAACAAAUGCCGGGACAACAAAAAGAAUGUGUGCUGCUUCUCUCCCACUUCAGACUUCUUCCUGAAGAACACUUACGCAGGUCCCGGCAGCACCCUUGGAGAGGCAGAUGCAAAUUGUUUCCUGGAGAUUAUCAAAGGGGCGACGACUGUCGUAGAGCCGUGUGAUAAAGUGCUGGCCACUCUAGAGCCGACCGCCGACGCCAACACGAAGCUGAAGAUUCCCUUCCGCAUCGGUUCGUCCUUCUUCUACGUCGACGACAAGCCGUGCAUCGGGAAGGGCGAUCGCAAGGCCGUCAUCUCCGACAGGAAGGUCAACGACUUCAUCUCUCGCUACCUGGUCAUGGCCAACCUCAUGAAGGCCGGGACGUACGACUCGUUUCUCUUCGGCCUUCAAUACAAGGGCCACAUCCACAAGCUCAUCUGGCAGAAUGGUCGGCCCUACGACUACUACAACGAGACCUUCUGGAACGGCUACGAGCCCAACUUCGAUAAUUUCGGCGACAGCGACAAACCCGUGUGCGGCCACUACGUCGUCUCGCCGAUCGAGUACGAGUAUAAGUGGGAACUCACGGACGUCUGCGCACCGUCAGCGAAGGAGCCCGCCGUCUGUGAGCUGCCCAUCCGUUUCACUGACCUCAUGCCGACGACGAAGAAGGUGGCGUGCGGGAUGCGUCACCGACGGGGCGUCCUGGCGCGUUCGGCCUACGCCUCCGGCCACGAACUGCAGGCGCUCUACGGAGAAUUCCCCUGGCAGGCGGCCAUCUAUAAGGUUCGAAAUCUUGGUGGUUUGCAAAGUACCUUCGUCUGUUCUGGCGUCCUCAUCGACAAGUCCUUCGUCAUAACGGCCGCGCACUGCGUCGUAGGACCUUCCAAGGACUUCACGGUGGUGCUUGGGGAGUACACAGUCGGGGGCGGAACCAGCAUUUUGGAGACACAGGUGACGGGCGUGAGCGACAUCCUCGUCUAUCCAGGUAAAAGAUGCGUUCUAAAUUCAUCUUCACUUCCCCCCACCCCCCACUUUUCUCUUCAUUCUCUGUACAAGGUUUCAGGUAGAGUUCAGUGUCAGUUUCAAAAAAUACUUUUUAUAUAA